AUGUACAAAAUAUUUAUUAUAAAAUUUGAAGCAACAUGCAUUAAACAUAUAGAUCAGCUGUUAAAAUUUACGGGCAACGAUAAUUCAUUAAAAAUUAAUAACACUGAUAAUGUUGAGAGUCGCAAUUUUCAGUCGUUACCCUUGUCACCGUCUAUGCCCGUUAAUGCUCCUUUAUCCGAACCUUCUGUAGGCAAUCCUCGGUCAUCGACCAUAGUAGAGCAACCCGUUAAUACUGACGCAAUAGACCAUGAUAAUGGGGAUGAAUGGGGCGAUUAUUCGGCACAGGACAGCGUGGGAGACUCAACAGAGAUUCCGGAAGCGUCAGAUUCGCCUGAAGCUUCCGAAAACGGAGUCGAACAGCCUCAGAGCGAUUCUGUCCGCUGCAAUGACGUACCACCAGCACAGGCACCGACACCCGCUCGUCAACUGCGCCCCAGGAAGAGGAUAGAUUAUAAGAAAUAUUUUUAA